AACAUGUCACACCAGAUCAUCGGUCAGGCCAAGAAGCAUCCGAGCUUGAUCCCCUUCUUCGUAUUUAUUGGUACAGGAGGUACUGGAGCAGCACUGUAUGUCUUGAGCCUAGCAUUGUUCACUCCAGAUGUCAGUUGGGAUAGGAAGAAUAACCCAGAACCCUGGAACAAACUGGGUCCCAAUGAUCAAUACAAGUUCUACUCAGUAAAUGCAGAUUACAGCAAACUGAAGAAAGAAGGUCCAGACUUCUAAAUGAAAUGUUUCACUAUAAAGGUGCUUAGAAUGAAGGUCUUUCAGAAGCCAUCUGUGCAAUUUUCCACUUACCAGGAAAUAUUUCCCCUCUAAAUGCACGAAAUCAUGUUGGUGUAUUGUGUUGGGGUUU